AUGGAACACAGAAGAUUGCGCAAAGAGCCGCUACCUGGAGGUCGUCAGGGCGCGUCUGGAGCUGGCGCUGGACGCGACAGCAUGCGAACCGCCAGCCGAGCGCGAGGUGCUGCACGACCACCCAGCAGCCCCUCGCAUCCACCAUCCCCACCAGCUUGCUUGGUGUCGGCAGGGUCUUCGCAGACCCAGCAAUCGGCACCCGCCACUGGUGGAGUACGCCGCAUGCGACGGACCAUCAAUAUGAAUUCAAACGCAUUGCCGGCGUAUUUUAGGGCGAAAGGGGGAGAAAUUGGAGGUUUCGCGUAUCGGGCUAGGAUGCAUCGUCUUUUUACUGAGCUGGAGCCAUCUAUUACUGUCACCGAGCAAAACCUGGCAGACCGAGUUCGGUAUAUCUUACGCUCAAAUAUAUUUGAUGGCGCCGAACUCGAACGGCUACGACGUGAGGCUGUUCCCUCAUCAAAUGAAAACGCUACGACUGGGGGAACUAGAAAUAGAGCAAAUGAGGAGUACAUUGGAAGAGGCGAUUAUGGAAACGCGCAGUACGCCUCUCGAAAAUCGACCGCGACUUCCCCGCAUAGCCCUCAGCAAGCGGAAUCGGGCUAUCGUGAGGGCUCUGAACCCAUGCUGGUGACCUAUUUAGAAGCCAGCCGGGUCCUUUGCGAGACGGACUUAAUUCUCUUUGGCGCCGCACUAGCAGUCUGCCGUAUUAUAGGCGCCAAACUUUCCACGGCUGGACGCACUACUGGACAAAGUAGUGCUAUCCCAGCCUGGAGAACAAGAAUUGAAGAACGUAUCGCAAAGGCUAGGGCCCUCAUCGGCAGACUGAUAUGCUUCAGGUCAGGCAAUACCAGGCCAAGGAUUGUGCGCACCGUCAGGAUGGCGUUUGCUGGGACAAAUGUCAGUUUGUCCCAGCCGGAUAUAAUGCAAAAACUGACGGAGCGCAUAGACGACCUGAAGCAGAGAAUCGCUGCUUGGGGAAAGCGAAUUCGGCGAUAUACCGAGAGGUCGACACGGUUCAACCAGAAUCGUCUCUUCCAGAGUGAUCAGAAGAGGCUCUAUAAAUCAUUGGAGCGACCAAUGGUAAGUGGAACGGGCCCAGUACCGAAUCAGGCCGACACGGUCGCAUUCUGGCGCAGCCUGUGGUCAGAGCCCGUAAACCACAACGAGGGCCCUUGGACGGAAGUUGUGGCGAGUCAGUGUGCGGGUAUUACGCCCAUGGACCCCGUCACCAUAACGCCGGAUGACGUAGCUGAGGCGGUCCGUAGGGCCCCGAACUGGAAAAGUCCGGGACUCGACGGGCUGCAUCACUACUGGCUGAAGGGGUUCGUGGCCGACACUGUAGCAUUCUGGCGCGGCCUGUGGUCAGAGCCCGUAAACCACAGCGAGGGCCCUUGGACGGAAGUUGUGGCGAGUCAGUGUGCGGGUAUUACGCCCAUGGACCCCGUCAUCAUAACGCCGGAUGACGUAGCUGAGGCGGUCCGUAGGGCCCCGAACUGGAAAAGUCCGGGGCUUGACGGGCUGCAUCACUACUGGCUGAAGGGGUUCAUGACAAAGAGCAAGCCACUUUCAAAAGAUGAAAGCAAAGCCUUACUCGAACUUAUUGAAAUGAGCAAAAUUAUAAUAUCUAAAGCCACAAACGCCAGCAGCAAUAAAAUGAAAGACAAAGAGUGGGUACGAAUAGCCGAGCAGUUUAAUGCUACAGCAACUUCUGAUACAUAA